AUGGGGCCCCCUAACUCGAGUUCUUCUCAAGGACAUGCAGGGAGCCCUGCGAAGUCGGACUCCCUAGUAAUCCAGUACAGCAAGCGCUCUCUUGCCUAUUAUAAACAGUUUCCAGUUUAUGACCCAGGUGUAUUCGCACCUUGGGACGUAAAAGUCGAUCUGAAGGUGCACCGUCUCUCUAACGACCUUGGCGUGAAAGUCUUUGUACGAGUCCAUACUGAGCAGAUCUCUGAGAAUGUCGGGACCGCAGCACCCAACUUUUACACGCCUAGCCACCACCACGUCCGCACUAACGCUAAAGUCGUCGGGGAGGGAGCUCCGUUUGUGUAUAAUGGGAAGAAUACUCAUACCCAAAAAUACACAUUCCCCGGGAAGUGGGGUUUGAAGCUGAAGACUAGGCCGCCGAUCGAGGAACUUGUCGAAAAUGAAGUGUUCCUUGCAUACAUGCAGCGGGUCGCAGAAGGCAAAUAUGCCAUCUUCACGGACGAAUUCUGCCGCAAGCAUCCGAAAAUCUUUCUCAGCAUCACGUCUCCGUCCACCCCAGGAUCGAUCAGGAGCGAAAACCCACCUGCCGGACCUUUCUUUGGGGUGAGCCCCCAUCUGUUCCCUGCAACCGCCGUGCAGGAUGCAGACAAUCUCCGCACCAAGAUGCUGUCGUUGGAGUAUACAAAGGACGACGAGGAAUUGGACGACGAGGAAUCGCAGCCUGCCCCCCAGCAGCCGCCACCAAACUUUCCCCCGGCCGCCCAACAGCCUCCGAUCUUCUCCCAGCCCCCCUAG